CUAGACUAGACUAUUAAAGCUUCUUUCAAAGAGCAAUUUUGAUUUUCACUUCGAUUAAAGAAUGCAAAGGGUAAAAGUAAAACCCUUAUUUAAAAGAUCAAAACCUAGCCGCGCCUAGCUUCGUUGGAAUUGUAACCCAACGAAAUACAAUCUCUGCUAGUAAUAUCUGAAAUCAACCAUGGCGUGUCCAACGUCGGAACGUGAACGCCAUCUUGUGGGUGAACUUAUCGUAUUAACAGUCUUCAUAAUACUACUUUUGACCACACUUGGUUUAUCUAUCUGGCGGGAUUUUCAUUCGCCGACUCCAAAAGUACGCAUCGUUAACUUCAGCCUCUCACCGAAUCUUACCGCCGCCGCCGCCAACGGCAACCGUUCUUCUGUAGAGGCGCCGCUCAUCACGGCCAACUGCAACCUUUCUUUAGCCUUCGACAACAACCAAUUCAGCGGAGGUGAUUAUAAUAAGGUAAAUCAGUACGAUGAGAUCGAGGUAUUGGUGGUCUGGGCCGGCCGGAACGAGACGUUCAUGCGGGCCCACCCCGGAAGCUUCUGGCAGAAAUAUUAUGAGCAAAAGUCGGUGGUGCUGGCGGCCAACGAUUCUGUUGUGCCGCCGGAUCUGGAAUCGGCGGUGGUUUACACGUUCACGGUUGAAGUGAAAAGUAGGGUUAAGGAGGACCCCAUGACCAUGGAUGAGGAGACGUUUUACAUAAAGGCAACCUGCGACAAUGUGCGGGUUGGGUUUGGGUCAACGGAAGGCGUUGACCGGAUUGCGACCAUGUUAGAUGGACCACAGAAGUGUAAGGUUGUGAAGUCGAAGUCUAGUUUCAACGUUUCAUAUCUGUUUUAUGCACAACGUAAUAAGGCAUGAUUUUGUCAAAGUAAUACUCCGGCCGUAUUUGCAUUCUUAUGACUUAAACUAGAUUUUUCACCCGUGCGUUGCACCGGAUAAAUUUUCUAAUAAUGGCAUUAUCAAAUAUUAGGAUAUAUAUGCAUUUAACAUUUUCAUUUAUAGAAACUGCUUUGAUAAUGUAUAUAUGACGACUCUUAUUUAGUAAACAAUUUCAAGAUUGGACGAUCAAUACAUCUUUGAUGUUUACGGAUGUACAAUGUAAAAAAGACCAUCUUUAAUAUUUUCUUCAUUCGAUA